AUGCAGGCGAUGCAAGAGGUAGUGGCCAAAGUGGAGGAUGCCAAGCUCGGUCUUGUCCCUCAGUUUGCAGAAGGAGAGGUCUUGGUGAAGGAUGUCAGCAAGGGCGGAUGGGCCGAGUCUGCGGGCAUUCGAGCUGGGGCGAGGCUCCUGCAGCUGAAUGGGGUUCCUGCUGCCGGCAUGAGAGAUGCCGACUUCAAGGCAGCCGUAAAGCAGCGCCCACUGCGCAUCUGUUUCGAACAAAAAGUGUUCGAAGUGGUUCUCGAAGAUGCAGCCGAGAAACUGGGCUGCAGUUUUUCCGGUGCUCCUCCUGCCAAUGCCGUGGUGGCCAAAGUUUCCCCGGGGUCAUUUGCAGAAAGGAAUUCGAUACAAAUUGGUCACGUGCUCGUGGCUGUGAACGGCGAAGCUCUGAAAGAUCUGACCGAUGCCGCGUUCAGGGACCGCUUGAAGGCGAGACCUGUUCGGCUCCGGUUUCAAGUUCCUGAGGAAGUUGCGUCGCAGCACGUCCAGGCCUCCAACAUGCAAAGGUUCGAAGUCCUGCUGGAGGAUGCUGAGGUCAAACUUGGUUGUGGUUUUGCUGGGAUACCUCCCGAACCUGUAAUGGUUGGGAAGGUCUCACCUGGAAGCUUCGCUGAGAGGAGCAGCAUUCAGACCGGACAUCUUCUCGUGGCCUUGAACGGAAUGCAAGUCAAGGAGCUGAACGCCGAAACUUUCAAGCAAUGUCUGAAGGGUCGACCAGUGCGGCUCAACUUCGAGAUUCCGCAGGCGGAGGUGUGCAGCCUUUUUCGAGAACACAUUGCCGCCGUGCAUCCUUUUGCUCGCAAGGCGAAGGCCCAGGCCAUCGACAAGGUUGAGACCCAGGAGAGCGCGGCCACAGCCAUCCAAGCUCUGGCACGUGGAGCUCUCGUUGAGCAUAGCUUGCUCGUCAGCGGUAUGACACAAUUUUGGAGAUCCGCAUCUGUGGUCCGGAGUGAGGUGGGCGUGCUGCGCGAAAAGGCACUGGACUGGAGGCACGCUUCCCCAGUUUCCGUUCUUCAGCUCCUUCCCUGUUGUCCGUUUUGCUGGUGCAAUGCUUGCGGGCAAGGCGUCGGAAGCCACUCGGGGGCAAGCAGCUUAGACGAUCUUGGCAGACUGGCCCGUGCUGACCUCUUGAGUUGCGUUGGUGAUGCAGAGGUUCGAAGUCACGCUGGCAGCUGUGGCUUUGCUGGGCUUCCGCCGGAGCCCGUCAUCGUGGCGAAGGUAUCCGAGGGCAGCUUUGCAGCCACGCACAAGAUUCAGACGGGGCACUUGCUGUUGGCGCUGAAUGGGGUAGAGAUCAAAGAUCUGAAUCCCGAGACAUUCAAGUCUGGUGCCUACCCGGUCACUGCGGUCGGAACCAUGGCUCAAUGCUGUUGUGAAAAAUGGCUUUUCACUCAGAGGCAAAGCAUGAAAGCUCGACCGGUCAGCGCUGCUCCCAGCACAUGGCACUUGGGUGAGUGGAGCGGGGAGCGCGAGAAGGCCCAGGCCAUCGACAAGGUUGAGACUCAGGAGAGCGCGGCCACAGCCAUCCAAGCUCUGGCACGUGGAGCUCUCGUUGAGCAUAGCUUGCUCGUCAGCGGUAUGACACAAUUUUGGAGAUCCGCAUCUGUGGUCCGGAGUGAGGUGGGCGUGCUGCGCGAAAAGGCACUGGACUGGAGGCACGCUUCCCCAGUUUCCGUUCUUCAGCUCCUUCCCUGUUGUCUGUUUGGCUGGUGCAAUGCUUGCGGGCAAGGCGUCGGAAGCCACUCGGGGGCAAGCAGCUUAGACGAUCUUGGCAGACUGGCCCGUGCUGACCUCUUGAGUUGCGUUGGUGAUGCAGAGGUUCGAAGUCACGCUGGCAGCUGUGGCUUUGCUGGGCUUCCGCCGGAGCCCGUCAUCGUGGCGUGCUUACAGCACAAGAUUCAGACGGGGCACUUGCUGUUGGCGCUGAAUGGGGUAGAGAUCAAAGAUCUGAAUCCCGAGACAUUCAAGCAAAGCAUGAAAGCUCGACCGGUCAGCCUCCGCCUUCAGAUUCCUCAGGCAGAGGAGAAGGCCCAGGCCAUCGACAAGGUUGAGACUCAGGAGAGCGCGGCCACAGCCAUCCAAGCUCUGGCACGUGGGCGUGCUGCGCGAAAAGGCACUGGACUGGAGGCGUCGGAAGCCACUCGGGGGUUCGAAGUCACGCUGGCAGAUGCUGAGACCAAGCUUGGCUGUGGCUUUGCUGGGCUUCCGCCGGAGCCCGUCAUCGUGGCGAAGGUAUCCGAGGGCAGCUUUGCAGCCACGCACAAGAUUCAGACGGGGCACUUGCUGUUGGCGCUGAAUGGGGUAGAGAUCAAAGAUCUGAAUCCCGAGACAUUCAAGCAAAGCAUGAAAGCUCGACCGGUCAGCCUCCGCCUUCAGAUUCCUCAGGCAGAGGAGAAGGCCCAGGCCAUCGACAAGGUUGAGACUCAGGAGAGCGCGGCCACAGCCAUCCAAGCUCUGGCACGUGGCCGCGCCGCUCGAAAGGCAACCGGGUUAGAUGCCCCCGAACCAGCUGUUACCACUGAAGCUGCGCUGGAGCAGGAGGCGCAGGCAAGGGCAUCUCUCAUCGAAGAUGGAGCCUCACAGUUCCUUGCGGAGGAAGGCGUUCAGUCACUUGGCCUCGAAUUUUUCUCCAUGCCACCAUCGCCCGUCGUCAUCUCCAAGGUGUCGGAGGGAAGUUGGGGACAAAGUGCUGGUCUGCUGGUGAAUACCGAGAUUCGAAGCAUGAAUGGGACAUCCGUGUCAAGCAUGGACGCCGAGAGUUUCAAGGCGCAAAUGAAGCUCCGGCCGCUGAAGCUCUCCGUUCGAAUGCCUGAACCCGCACAUCGGCUGGAUGAAGGCAAUUUGCUCUCUGGAGCGCCAAGCAAAGAGGAGCACGCAGACAAAGCAGGCAGUGUGCCCCCAGUCCUGCCGGCCGGUGAGCAAGAACUUCAGCAGGAUCUGGCGAACGUCCGGUCGGAGCUUCGAGCCAAAGAUCAGGAGCUCGCCAGCGCGAAGGCCGAUCUAGAGCGGACCCAGCACGAGCUGCAAGAGAAGUGCAAGGAGCUGGAGGCUGGCGAAGGCGUCUCGGAGGAGAAGGCGAAGCUCAAGGAGGAGCUGGCCGAGCAGGAUCGCGAGCUGGCCAAAGCAAGGCUGGCAGAACAGGACGCAGCACGACCCAACACGUCGGUCGAGGAUCUGCACGCAAAGGAUCAGGAGAUCGCUCGGCUCCAUGAUCAGCUUGCAGAAGCAGAAGCCAAACUCCAACACAGCUCGCAGAAGACAGAGGAUCAGGAGCUCGCCAGCGCGAAGGCCGAUCUAGAGCGGACCCAGCGCGAGCUGCAAGAGAAGUGCAAGGAGCUAGAGGCUAUCGAAGGCGUGUCGGAGGAGAAGGCGAAGCUCAAGGAGGAGCUGGCCGGGCGGGAUCGCGAGCUGGCCGAUGCAAAGCUGGCAGAACAGGAUGCAGCACAACCCAAGACGUCUGUCGAGGAUCUGCAUGCAAAGGAUCAGGAGAUCGCGCGGCUCCAUGAUCAGCUUGCAGAAGCAGAGGCCAAGCUCCAACACAGCUCGCAGAAGACGGAGAUGGACGGAGGUGAGAAAGUUCGAGAGCUGCAAGAGCAGCUCUUGCAGAAAGAAGCCGACCUGGCCCAUGCCCGAGAGGAAGUUGGACAGCUCUUGCUUCAAGCCUCAGAGAGCUCAGGAACCUCAGUCCAGAGAGAUGAGGAGCUGGCGCAGCUUCGAGAUCAGCUUGCCAGUGCGGAAGGGAGGCUGCAUGACCUGGAUGUCACCAACCUGCAGGAUGUCCACCCUCGGAGUGGAGGGAGCGCCCUCCUUUCGGAGCCCGUCCAGGCAUCGUCUGAUCAUGAAGCAGAGCUGGCGGCGUGCAAAGAAGAGCUGGCCAAAUGCGCUGAGGAGUAUCAGCGCGUGCUGGCGGAGCUCGAAGAUGCGAAUGCAAAGCGCGACAAAGAUGAAAAGGCUGACACCCCCGACUCCGGGGCUUCCUUCCAGAUCUCGCCGGCCUACUGGGAGACGGUGGAGCUGCAUGCGCUGAAGGAGGAGCUCCAGCAGAAGGAAGCCGAGAUUGGGGGUUUCACAUCAGCGGCGGUAUGCGGCAGUAGGAUCACGGUGCAAAGCCUGCAGAAAGACCUUGCGCAUGCCCGGACAAAGAUACAGGAUGACGACACGCUGAAGGCUACGGUUCCCAGGUCAGUGGUGCAUUGGGGCUUCCGGCUGCAGCGUGGCCUGGUAUAUGAGGUGAAGAAGGGAGGAUGGGCAGAGGCUGUGAGCCUGAGACUGGGUGAUCGCUUGCUGACGCUGCAAGGCAAGCCGGCCGCAGACUACAGCAGGGCGGACUUCGACCGAGUCAAGCUUGAGCGGCCCUUGGAGCUGAAGUUCCAGCGUGGUCACCGGAGGCAGGCAGAGGAGGUGGCCUCCACGAGGAUCCAAGCCAACUGGAAAGGUCAGAAGGCCCGCGCUGGGGCGAAAGCGAAGAGGCUUCCUCAAAUCGAGGCGAGGCUGCGAGUUGGCGAGGGCGAGAUUCUGAAGGCCGUCGCGGAGGCCGAGGCAUCGGAGCUGGGCUUUGAGCUGGAGUGCUGGCCGCCCGCCCCGCGGGUGCUGCUCCGUUUGGUUCGAAGCGGGAGCUGGGCGAGAGGCGUUGGGAUGAGAGAAGGUGACGAGCUCCUGACCGUGCAGGGGCAGUCCCUCCAAGAAAUCGACCGCCGCAGAUUCCAGCAGCUGCUUGACAAAACCCGGCCUCUGGAGAUCACCUUCUGCCGAGGCACGAAAGAAGACACCGCGCGCAUUGCGUCAGCCAAGGCUCAGGCAGGCUGGCGGAAGCGCAGUGAGAACCUGGAGGGCGAGGCUCUGGACACUGGGGAGCAGAAGGUCCAGCAAGAUGAGACAAAAGAGAAAAUAUUGGCAAUGAGCGAGACAAGCCAGGGAGCUUCUCAACACCUCGAGGAACGCCUGGCCGAAAGAGAUCGCGAGCUCAAGGCGCUCCGCCAGGAAUUUUCGAAGGCCGAGGCCGUGUAUCAGACCAGCCUCAGGGAGAUCUCGGCAGACUCCUCCAACUCCGCAGUGGAGCUGGCCUCCUUGAAAGCGCAGCUGGCCGUGGAGCAAUCCAAGGCGGUGAAGCUCCAAACCGACGCCACGGUGAAAGCCACGGGUUUGGGAGCGAAGCUCGCAGUGGAGCAGCGCAAGGCUGAAACCCUCCAUGCACGCCUCGUCCAGGCAGAAGUCAUCCAUCAAGAGCAGAUGAACGAAGUCACCGACUUCCUUUUGGAGAAGCAGCAAGAGCUCCGUCUUUCAGAUUCUGACUUGCUAGAGAUGAGGGCUCGGCCAACAGCAGGCCGUGGGCCGAACGAGAUGGCCGAGUUGAAACAAGCCCUUGCGGAGGAGCAGGCCAAGGUCUCCGCGGCCGAACGCAAGCUUGUGAAGAGCUGGUCGGACCAACGUGCGAUCGACCUGCAGUGGCAGGCAGAGGUGGCCGCCCGUGAUGACAAGUUGACGGAAGUCCAGGGAGACCUUGUGAAAGCGGAGUGGUGGGCUUCUCUCUCCAAGCGAUCUCCCCAGCUUCAGGAAAUGCUCGACAUCAAGGAUGAGUUGUCCAUGGAGCAGGCAAAAAGCUCUCGCGCAGAAAGGAAGCUGGCCGAAGCCCAGGAUGCUGCCCGGCUGCUGGAAGAGAUGGACGCUCUGCAGGACGCGCUGAACCAGGAGGAGGCUCGCAUGCUGCAGAUGAAGACAAAGAUCACCCAGGCUCAAGCCCAAAGGCAGCUCACGUCGGAGGUCGCCGCAGAAAUCCAGGCCACCUCAGAAACAAAGACGAAGGCCACAAAGACGGACCUGGAGCGGCUGAGCUGGGAGUAUCAGAGGCAGCAGCGUGAGCUCCAGAAGAUGGACUCCGAAGAAGCUGCGGCGGUGAAAAUGCAGGCCAGGGCACGUGGGAAUCAGGCCCGCAAGCAGGUGGCGGGCAUGAAGGCCAAGGAGGCGCAGGCGGUCAAGACUGAAACUGCUGAAGCUUCGAAGCCAUCGGAACCUGGUGCAGGUGCCGCCGGCUCCAAGCCACCAGAGGCUGACUCUGAAAACUCGGAACUUCGUGCCAAGCUUGCCUCGGCGUUGACGGAGUCGGUUCAGAAGGGCUCGCUUGAGCAAGGGCUGGCGAAGGUGUACGGGCAGCCUUCUCGUGCAGUGCAAGCACUGCGAAAGGAAGUAGCGUCUCUCAAAGCCAAGCUCUCACUGGCAGAGGCCUCCCACCCGACGACACCACCGUCUUCGCCGAUGUCCCGAAGGACGCCUACCUUCAAGAAGAAGCUUCAGCCAUCUUCAAGCACAGUCCGUUUUGCGGUGGAAGAGGAUCCCCAGUCCACCACAGACAGGUCUGCAAGUACUGCGCAGCAUGAGCAGCACAAUCAGGAAGAGAUGCAGAAGUUCAAGCAGGCCGAGGAAAGAUCCCAGAGGUUCCAAGAGGAGGCUACAACUUUCGCUGUCGAAGUUGAGCAGAUGCGCAAAGAGGAGGCCCAGAUGAAACUUGAGCUGGACGAGUCAAAGGCACAGCAGGUGAAGAAGGAGGACAGCUUGUCGGGAGAUGGAAGCGUGCGGGAGCGGGAGGCGACCGAAAAGGCGAUGUACCUUCAUGAAAUCUCAGCAAAGGAGUCGAUGUUGGAACAGGCGCGGGAGGAGAUCCGCGCACUUAAGGACCAAGCUGACAAGGAGCACCAGGUGCUGCAAAGUGUGCCUGCAUCUCAGCACUCCCCUUCAGACCCGGUGGAAGAGCAGAAGCAGGCGGCAGAGGCUCGCCAGCUGAAGUGCUCGCUGAACAUGCAGGAGGAGCUGAGCACAGAGCUGAAGAGACGCCUCUCGGAGGCGCGGGAUGAGCUUGCAGCACACUCACGCUCCGCGGAGUCUGCGCAAUCGGAGGCCCAGGCCGGUGCAGAUGCACAUCCAGGCCAGACGGCCGAGGCCCCCAAUGAAGACUCCGCUGUGGGGCAGGCCUUCCGUCACGAGCAAGAAGUGGCUCAGACCCUGCGCCACGAGCUGCGAGAGGUUGAGACAGCGGCAGUUGCAACGGCAGAGGCUGCGGAAGCUCGCAUCUUGCAGAUCGAGGCCAUGGACCGCAGAGGGAGAGUGGCCCUGCACAUGGCUGAGAGCAGUGCUGAGAAAGAGGUGCUGCUGAAGCAAGAUGCCAUCAGAGCUGCGUGCGAGGCGGAAGCGAAGGCGGACCAGGCUCUGUUUUCGGAGCAGCGACUGCGCCAUGAAAUCUACGAGCAGUCGCAGGCAGCUUUGCGCGAGAGCGCGGUCUGCGACGGCCUCCGCAGGGCUUUGAUGAACUCCGUGGAGCAGGAGAUGGCUCAGGAGGCCCUCCAUGCUUUGCGCUCCCAGCCGCCUCCGACCGAGAGGGCAUCAACAGGCCCAAGCAGCUCGCAGCCAGUUGCAGCACCCCAACCUACGUUGCCCGAGUCUCCUCUCACACCUUUUGUCUCCGGAGGUCAGGCGUCAGCUCCUAGAGCUUCACAGGUUUUUGCCAGCAAGUUGUCGAAUCGGGAGGACCUCAUGCACGACUUGAUGUCGCCAGCAGAAGUCAAGUCCUGGAUGGAACCAUCGAUGAUAUCCCAGCCCUCUCUGCUAAGUGCAGCAGCCAGCGAGGCUGCAAGUCUGCGCAAGGAGGCCGAGCAGCUUCGCAGGGAGGUACAGCAUUGGCGUGCCUCACGGCCGGCCCGAGCCGAGCCAAUGGCUCCCACCGAAGCAUGGCCGGCCUCCCCGGACAGAAGAAGUGCAGCUGUGCCCGCCGCGCCAGCCGCGCCAGCCGCGCCUGUGGCAGCGACGAGCCCCCGAACUGUGCGCAGUAUGGACCAUGAGGAUCCAAGGCCAGCGCAGGUGUCGAGUCCCCGCUCGCUGCCGAUGCUGCAUGAGCAGCCGCCUCCACGGCCUCCGCCUGGACGGACCUCACCUGAGCCAGGUUCACGCCUGAGCUGA